ACAGACAGGCACAGUGGACAGUGUGUGACAGUCACUGCCACAUACUGACUGAUGAACGACUGUGUGUGUAAGACGUGGUUAAUGUCAGCGGUUGGCAGUUUGAUAGAGUCAUGUUGUCAUGAAAGAUGUGAAUUGAAGAAUCACCACAUGCUGGCUCCUCCCCCUCAGUGCUCAGCCAGCUGUGCAGUGGACGCACAUCACCUCUCUGUCAGUCAGCUCUCCCUGGGGUCCUGUACGAACGCAUGUAGGGCUGUUUCUUUGGGAAAUGUACAAUUUUGUCACUGAUUUUCCAGAUCUUCCUAUAUAUCUCUGUAAGGGACCACCAUUAUUACAAACCUGAAUUGAUACAGAGGAGAGGCAUCACCAUGAUUUGGACGUAUUCAAAUUUACAAAACUGAGACAACUUUUUGGAAGAUCUACAACCACUUUUCAAAAUGUAAGAUUUGGAGUGAAGAGUAUUUCAUCUGAUGCGCUGAAGAAUUGUUUGACCUCAUUAAUGACCAAUGGGGGAGUUGGGUUACAUACGUGUGCUUUUACUUUAAAACCUGUACUAUGAAUCAUGGAGGAAAACACACAAUUUCUGAAUGCUGAGUACAAUGACAGCACCACCGUUUGGGCCCCGAUGCCCUCAGCUUCCAGCAGACAACUGGGCGUCCUUCCCAACCCGCAGACACGAUUCAAGGACCUGACAGGGAUAUUUUUCAUGGUGACCCUGAAUGUUCUGGCACUUCUAGCCAACACUGCUGUUCUGGUAGUUGUCAUAAAAGCCCCUCAUCUCAGGAAAUUUGCUUUUGUGUUCCACCUGUGUGCAGUGGACCUGCUGUGUGCCAUCCUCCUCAUGCCUCUUGAGAUUGUGUCCAGCUCUCCGUACUUUGCUGGUGUGGUGUUCACUGUCCUGGUGUGCCAGGUCUACAUCUUCCUCAAUGUUUUCCUCAUAGCUGCCUCUAUCUUCACCAUCACAGCCAUUAGUGUGGAGCGUUACUACUACAUCGUCCAUCCAAUGCGCUAUGAGGUCAAGAUGACGCUGAAGCUGACUGCGUCCGUGAUAGUGAUGGUGUGGGUGGCCUCUGCUGUGCUGGGGCUGUCCACCGUGUUUGGGUGGCCAGCUUACAGCAGCCUGAGCUCCAUUAGUGCCUCACACUGCUCGCUGCACUGGAGCCACAGUAACCACAGACGAGUCUUCUCUGUGUUCUUCAGUGUCAUCUGUUUUUGCCUUCCUGCUAUUGUGAUCUUUGCAGUCUACUGUAAUGUGUACAAGGUGGCCCGUGUGGCUGCCCGCCAGCAUGGACCUCUGCCCUUGUGGACUAACAGUCAAGCAAAGCAUCGCUCUGACUCAAUAAACAGCCAGACUACCAUCAUCACAACCCGCAACGCCCCACGUAGGAUUAUGAGGGACCGGCCUUUUGGUGGAGGUAAAGCAGCUCUCACCCUGGUGGUUAUUGUUGGCCAGUUUCUGAUCUGCUGGCUGCCUUACUUUGCCUUUCACAUGCAUCUGACGCUACACGCGACACCCAAUAUUCCUGAUGAUUUGGAGGAAACGGUCACCUGGCUGGCAUACACUUCCUUUGCGAUCAACCCGUUUUUUUAUGGGCUUCUUAACAGGCAGAUCAGGGAGGAACUUUGUAAGCUGAGGCGCUGCUACACCGCCCGCCCAGUGGAGCUGGCCAUCUCCAGCCAUGAGGGCUCAGGCAACGAGAACUUCCUGCAGUUCCUCCAUAAGACCAGCUUCACAGCAGAGACACGUGCCAGCUUUGCUACUUCCAGUCCAAGAAGCACUCUGGAUCAUGGGCAGACCAGUUUUAGGAUACCAGGGCAGAUCCCAGAAGAGUUCAGUUAGAUAUACCUCGCUGUUGUACCACAGCGUUAGUAGCCAGUAAGGCCACUUCAUACAGUGUGUAAGUGUAUCUGAAUACAGUAAAAGAUAAGUUACAGCAUCAAGAAAUGAACUGUU